AGGUUCCCCUCAUAUGAGCAUCUGAAGGCGUUUUGGAACUUGAUCGAGGCAGCAACAGCCAAAAUGGUCAGGGUCACCAGAGCAAAGAAAACCGACGUCAUGAGUACAACAACUGAAACCCCUUUUACCAGACCAACUAAACUGCUGCCAAUAGAUGAGCUUUUUCUUUUCCUCUCCUACCUGUCUACUGGAUGUACCCAGAGGGAACUGGGCCAUCGAUUUAACAUCCACAGAGCAACAGUCAGCCGCAUUAUUGUGACAUGGGCCAACUUCCUGUACUGCUUAUUGGGCUCAAUUUGUGUGUGGAUGUCUCCUGCAGCUGUGAGUUCCAGUCUUCCACAGGAUUUUGAUGGCCGCUACAGUGACACACAAGUUAUCCUGGACUGUACAGAACUACGGUGUCAAACACCUUCAUCCCUGCUCCUCCAGAGUGAAGUCUUCUCCACCUACAAAUCCCACUGUACCUUUAAGGCCAUGGUGGGCAUGUCUCCUCACGGAGCCCUGACAUUUGUGUCAGCACUGUUUGAGGGUUCCAUGAGUGACAAGGAAGUGUUCCGUCAAUCAGGGAUUACAUCACUCUUGACACUGGACAUGGCCAUCAUGGUGGACAAGGGAUUCUUGGUGGAUGAUCUCGUACCUGGGACUGUUCAUCGUCCUGCCUUCCUCUCCAAGAGGGCCCAAAUGUCAGAGGUCGACGUUUUGAAGACCCAGUCCAUUGCCCGUUUGAGGGUGCAUGUUGAGAGGUUAAUAAGAAGAGUUAAAGAAAAUAAACUCUUUGAUUCCACUAUCCCUCUCUCCAUUGCAGGAAGCAUAAACCAAAUUUUUACAGUUGCCUGUCUCCUGUCAAAUUACCAAAAUGGACCUUUGGUCAGGAAAUGGAGAUAUGAAGUUUGACAGAAAAGCUGAUGGCACAGUCUUGAAGAAACAGAAAAUGCUGUCAUUUACUUACAUUGACAUUGUCUUACAUUUGUAAAUAGAUAUUCAUGAUGGAAAUAUUUUGAAACAAAUUUGUACAUUUGAUUUGAUCAAACUCCUAAUUUAGACAUUUCUGCAGGUAAACAUAGAAAAAAUAUCUGUCUACU